AUGGCAAAAAAAUCACUGAGACGCCCUGUGCGAUAUGAAAGAGGGCAAUCGGGCUGCAUGUGGGGUUUAAUGAGUAUGUUUGAUUUCCGCCAUGGUCGAUCAACGCAGAAGCUGAUUUCAGAUAGGAGGCGUGGGACCAGGCAUGCUGUUGGUACUGGAACUCCUAAGAAUAAGCUUAACAAUCGUAAUGAAAAUCAUCAAGGCACGAUUGAUGGUGAAGAGAGCAGAAAAGCAACAGAUGAUAUCAAUAAGCCGAGUGUGAAAAAGCUCAUAGAAGAAGAGAUGUUCAGUGAACAAGACAUAAAUAAGGAAAUAAACAAUCCUCAAGUAGAACCAAAACAGUCCAAUUCAGAAACUGGAGACCACAAAACGAAGAACCACAAAAGAAGAAAAAGUCAAACAAAAAGUUGUGAUAUACACAUAGAGGAUCUUGAUGUUGCUGAAAGCUUGGAAUCUGAACAGCCUUGCCUUCAUAAUUUAGAGAAGCAAUCUACAAACAGUCUUGAUAUAGGUGAAAUAUUGGAAGAUUUCUGCUGCCAGAUCCAUCAGAAAAGCAUAGGUUAUGUGGAGCAUGACCAGCAUGAUGAAGUUCAUCAUCAGCAGAACCAUAAGAAUCCCGACUUCAAAGAGAAAUUGAGUGAGGCAAUAAAACUCAUAAAUGAGAAACUUAUUAACAGGAAAAAUGUCACUGAAGAUGGGGACCUCAGCCCAUCCAAAGAACUGAGGGAUGCACUUCAGAUUCUUACUUCUGAUGAGGAAUUGUUUCUAAAACUCGUACAAGGUCCAAAGUCCAUAAUGGUGAAGCAUGUUCAAAGCUUGUGGAAUGCUCAGGUAGAGAAAGAUGAAGACUCCAAGUCACUUGGUGAAUCUAAGUUGCCGGAACAGGGGCUUCUUGACUUCAGACAUUCUGAUGAGGCUAUCCAUGGUAAGCAGCACAAAUUUUUCAGAAGAAAAACCAAAUCUCUGGAAAAGAACCCAUCAAAGGAAAAUAAGGCAUCUCAAGCUUCAAAUAGAAUUGUUAUAUUAAAGCCUGGCCCGACAAGCUUGCUACUUCCUGAAAAUGAAAGCAGUAUUGGUUCAUCGCCAGAAUCUCAAUUCAUCAACAGAAACAAGGGACUAAAUGCGAGAUCUGGUUCCCACUUUUCUCUGACUGAAAUUAAAAGAAAGUUGAAAAAUGCAAUGGGAAGAGAAAAGCAGGAAACCUCUUCUGAUGGGACCUCAAAGAGAUUUGCUGACAAACAAAAGGCUGUGGGAAAUAGUGAGAAAGGAUUCAAGGAGAACCUUGGAAGGAAUUCUCCAAGUAAAGACCAUUUCUUUAUUGAAAAAAUUGCUAGACCUCCCUUAAGUGGCAAAAUGAGAGAGAAAACUGGCAAGUUGAAAGAAUCUGAAAUAAGCACGGAACAUGAAGUUGCUAUAUAUCCCAAGCAACGGGCAUCUAACAUCUACAUUGAGGCCAAGAAACAUCUCUCUGAGCUGCUGAGCACUGGCCAGGGGGAUGUGGAUUUUUCAAGUGGACAGGUUCCGAAAACCCUUGGCAGGAUUCUCUCCCUUCCUGAGUACAAUUUUUCGCCACUUGGUAGUCCAGGAAGAGAUUGGGAGCAAGGCUUUCUGACAGCACAGAUGAGAUUUUCUGCCAAUGACAAAUUUCAGAAACAUGAAACCAAUGUCAGCCAUUUAGGUCGAACAGCAUUAAACUCAGAGCCUCAGUCAUCUGUUUUCAUUGACAGCGUCAGGGAUGAAAAACAAGCUUCUUCAAACCCAAAUGCAAAUGCCUCAAAUGAACUUCAUGAUAAAGAAGAGAAAACCUUGUGCUCUAUUGGAGAUGAGAUGCCUUCUGAAGGUGAUGUGGAGGUUGUAAAAGAUACUGAAAUUGCAAUUGAAGAAGAGAGCAAUUUCUUAGAUACUCUCUCUGAACCAAGUCGCUCUCCUCUCUCUGAAGAUCACCAAAAUGGUGAUAUGUUUGAAGUUUGUGAUACGAAAGAAAAUUCGGAAUGCUUGGAACAAGACUCAUUUGAGGAAAAUGAACCUCUAUCUUCUUCACUAACAUCUCCAUCAACCUCUUCAAACACCAAAAAACUUAACUGUCUAGAGAGUACUUCUGAGAUACCAGAGCGGCCUAGUCCUAUAUCUGUUCUUGAGCCACUUUUCACAGAGGAGGACAUCAGCCCAGCAAGCAGCAGACUUGAACCUGUUGAACUACCAGUGCAACCCUUGAGAAUUCAAUUUGAAGAAUAUGAAUCUUCAGCUGCAGAUCAAAACAUCCCUCUGAAAGCUUCUAUAGACGACAAGGAAUCAGUAUUUGAGUACGUAAAAGCAGUGCUUCAGGCCUCUGGCAUGAAGUGGGAUGAAUUUUAUAUGAGGUCACAUUCUUCAGAACAGCUUCUUGACCCAUCAAUAUUUUUUGAGAUAGAAUUCUUUUCCAACCAGCUUUGUUGUGACAAGAAGCUUCUCUUUGAUUCUAUUAACGAAGUUCUCCUGGAGGUAUAUGGGCGGUAUUUUGGUUGCUUCCCUGGGUUAUCAUGUGUAAAAUCUACCAUCCGGCCUGUCCCAGACAUGAAAAAUGGCAUUUAUGAGGUUUGGGAAGUUGUCUCUUGGCAUCUUCUCCCAUUGCCAAUGCCUCGUACCUUGGAUCAGCUCGUCAAGAAAGAUAUGGCUAAAACUGGAACGUGGAUGGACCUUCGAUAUGAUGUUGAAACUAUCCUUGUUGAAAUUGGUGAAGCCAUUUUUGAAGAUUUGAUGGAAGAAGCCAUCUUCGGAGAUCUAAUGGAAGUUAAUUUAUUCAUCUGUGUAAAUGAAAGUUCAGAAGGUGGAAAUCGCUCUAUUCCAUCUGAGUUGAAGGAAAAUGAGAGCAAUCCGGACUCCUAG